CCCGAGUGGGGCCGAGGCCCGCGGCCCCGCGGCUUUGAGCGCAGGUGGCAGGGCGCGCCCCACCCAGCGGCCAGGCGGAGCCAAAGAUGCUGACUUCUGCCACGCUGCCCCUCCUGGGCUCCCAGCCGCCUCCGGUCUUGCCCUUCCCGCUGCUGCUGCUGGCGGUGCUGAGCGGCCCGGUAUCCGGCCGCGUCCCCCGCUCGGUGCCCAGGACCUCGCUUCCUAUCUCCGAGGCUGACUCCUAUCUCACGCGGUUCACUGCCCCGCAGACAUACAAUUACUCUGUCCUCCUUGUGGAUCCUGCUUCCCAUACACUUUAUGUUGGUGCCCGGGACACCAUCUUCGCUUUAUCCCUGCCCUUCUCAGGGGAGAGACCCCGCAGGAUUGACUGGAUGGUACCUGAGGCCCACAGACAGAACUGUAGGAAGAAAGGCAAGAAGGAGGACGAAUGUCACAAUUUUGUCCAGAUUCUCGCCAUUGCCAAUGCCUCUCACCUCCUCACUUGUGGCACCUUCGCUUUUGAUCCGAAGUGCGGGGUUAUUGAUGUGUCCAGUUUCCAGCAGGUUGAAAGACUUGAGAAUGGCCGGGGGAAAUGUCCUUUUGAGCCAGCUCAGCGGUCAGCAGCUGUAAUGGCUGGGGGGGUCCUCUAUGUCGCCACUGUGAGAAACUACUUGGGGACGGAGCCGAUAAUCUCCCGGGCUGUGGGUCGCGCCGAGGACUGGAUUCGGACAGAGACCUUGCCGUCCUGGCUUAACGCCCCAGCCUUUGCUGCAGCCGUGGCCUUGAGCCCAGCCGAGUGGGGGGAUGAAGACGGAGAUGAUGAGAUCUACUUCUUCUUUACGGAGACUUCCCGAGCAUUUGACUCAUAUGAGCGCAUUAAGGUCCCACGGGUGGCCCGUGUGUGUGCGGGGGACCUUGGGGGCCGGAAGACCCUCCAGCACAGAUGGACGACAUUUCUGAAGGCUGACCUGCUAUGUCCAGGGCCUGAGCAUGGCCGGGCCUCCAGCGUCCUGCAGGACGUGGCUAUUCUCCGACCUGAGCAUGGAUCGGAGACCCCCAUCUUUUACGGCAUCUUUUCCUCCCAGUGGGAGGGGGCGGCCAUCUCUGCUGUCUGUGCCUUCCGACCACAGGACAUUCGGACAGUGCUGAGUGGUCCCUUCAGAGAGCUGAAACAUGACUGCAACAGGGGACUUCCUGUCAUGGACAACGAUGUACCCCAGCCCAGGCCUGGAGAGUGCAUCACCAACAACAUGAAGCUCCAGCAGUUUGGCUCAUCACUCUCCCUGCCUGAUCGUGUGCUCACCUUCAUCCGGGACCACCCCCUUAUGGACAGGCCAGUGUUUCCAACCGAUGACCAUCCCCUGCUCGUCACUACAGACACAGCCUAUCUCAGAGUUGUGGCCCACAGGGUGACCAGCCUUUCAGGGAAAGAGUAUGAUGUGCUCUACCUGGGGACAGAGGAUGGACACCUCCACCGAGCAGUGCGGAUUGGAGCCCAGCUCAGCGUCCUGGAGGAUCUGGCCUUAUUCCCGGGGCCACAGCCAGUUGAGAGUAUGAAAUUGUAUCAAAGCUGGCUCCUGGUGGGCUCCCGUACCGAGGUGACACAAGUGAGCACAACCAACUGUGGCCGUCUCCAGAGCUGCUCAGAGUGCAUUCUGGCCCAAGACCCUGUCUGUGCCUGGAGCUUCCGGCUGGAUGCAUGUGUGGCCCAUGCUGGGGAGCAUGGCGGGCUGGUCCAAGACAUAGAGUCAGCAGAUGUCUCUUCUUUGUGUCCCAAAGAGCCUGGAGAACGCCCAGUAGUGUUUGAAGUUCCCGUGGCUACAGCGGCACAUGUGGUCUUGCCAUGUUCCCCAAGUUCAGCAUGGGCGUCCUGUGUGUGGCACCAGCCCAGUGGAGUGACUGCACUUACCCCUCGGCGGGAUGGGCUAGAGGUGAUGGUAACCCCAGGCGCCAUGGGUGCUUAUGCCUGCGAAUGUCAGGAGGGGGGGGCGGCCCGUGUGGUAGCUGCUUACAGCUUGGUGUGGGGCAGCCAGCGGCCCCCCCCAAGUCAGGCCCACACAGUGGGGGCUGGACUGGCCGGCUUUCUCCUGGGGGUUCUUGCAGCAUCCCUGACUCUCCUUCUGAUCGGUCGGCGUCAGCAGCGACGGCGACAGAGGGAACUUCUGGCUAGAGACAAGGUGGGCUUGGACCUAGGGGCCCCACCGUCUGGGACCACGAGCUACAGCCAGGACCCUCCCUCACCUUCUCCUGAAGAUGAACGGCUGCCCCUGGCCCUGGCCAAGAGGGGCAGUGGCUUUGGUGGCUUCCCUCCACCCUUCCUGCUCGAUCCUUGCCCGAGCCCAGCCCACAUUCGGCUUACUGGGGCUCCUCUAGCCACAUGUGAUGAAACGUCCAUCUAGGGCAAGUGACCACUAGUGCACGGGUGACCGUUGGAGGGGGAUGACCAUCGAGAUGCUGGGGGUACUGGGCCUGGAAGACGGUCAUGGGCUCUGAGUUCUCUUUGGUCUUUGCGUCUGCCCUCUUGGGGCCUGGCUGGGCUCGGGGCCAAGCCUGUGCUUGAUUUCCUGAUUCCCACGAGAGACCAGAGCUGCUGUCUCCAGUGAAUCAGGACUUUUCCCACCUCUGCCCUCUGAACCGCUACCCCUUCAGCCUUGGUGUCCUCUCUUCGGGGAUGGGGUACAGGACAUAGCUCUGACUUUGCCUUCUGGUGGGCCCUGGCCGGAAGGAAGAGCACUAGAGGUGGUGGGGGGCUAGUGUGCAUUAAGUCCUUCUGUUCAUUCUCUUAGUUUAUCGGAUUCUCUGUGGGGAGUGCAUGAUCCCCGUGUUGCAACAUGAAAUCUCUGCCCUGAGAUGUCCCCCAACCCAGUUAGUUGCCCUUCUUCCAUGAAAGAGUGUGUGUCAAUAUGCAGGUGUUUGUGGGAGGCUUCGCCACACGUGCAUGCAUGACUGGGCCAGUGCUCUGGUGUACCCCUGGGGGUCAGGCCCGGUGCUUGGAUGUACCCCUGGGGGGUCAGACGGGGGAAGAUGGGAAUGAGGCAUUGCCUGCAGAACUUCAGACCCUGUAGCCAGUGAAGGAAUGGUUUUCCUUUCUAAAAGGAAACAAACCACCACCCCGUCCCCAUCACCUCCCACAACCCUUCUCUUGAGUAGAGGAAAAACCCCCAAAGUGACCUUUUGGGUGGGAGGGACAGCGGUACACAUGACCCCAUCAUUUUCUUUGUUUUUGCCUCCUGGCUGCCACCACUGCCACACACAGCUGUUCUUUCUCUGGCUGGAGUAUAGGCUGGACCCCCCUUCUUCGGCUCCCGUUAAAAAAACUUCACAACAUUCUAAGUAUUAAGGGACAACAAAAGGGGAACAGUCAUAGGAAAUACAAGUUGCAUAAAAAUAGGUUUGUAUCAGUGACUUUACUCAGGUUGACACCCUUGCCCUAAGUCAGAAGUUCUCCACCUGGGGUCCGUGGACUCCCUGAAAUCGUAUGCAAAAUGUUGUCUGUACAUGUGUGUCUGUAUUUUUAUGGGGGGUGGGGUGGGUGGGUAUGGCUUUCAUCAGCUUCUCAAGGCCUUAACAAAGCUAAAGGACCAUGCCUCGAGGUCGCCACCCAGUGGUCAAGCUGAGGGAGUGCCACGGCAGUUCUUCCUGCCCCACCAUCCGUUCCCUGUGGUCAGCCCCUGGACUCACAGCUGCUGGAUGCCCUCUUGUUUCUCCGGUUUCUGGAAGCUGGGCUCUGCGUGUAUUUGAAGAUACUAUCAAUUCCUACCAAACAUAAAGACUUCUUCCUGCUUCACAGCUCCCAGAUGAUCUAGGCGUCUCCUGCUCAGUUCUGGCCUUGGCCUGUGUAUGUGCCUCGUUCAUCCCUGGUAAGGGACCCCCUUGAGCUCCAGUGAAUGAUCCAGCCCUUCCCAGUUGAAGUUUUCAGCUCUACUUUCCUUGGCAGCAGCCUGUGAACUAUUCAAAAGAGUCCCCUUGGGCUUGGAAUUACCAGUGGCUUUGCCACUAAUAGGUGUAUGAUUUUCAGCAAGUAAUCUAAUGUAGGAACACUGGUUUACUCAUCUGUAAAGUGGGGAUAGUAAUACCUACCUCAGGGUUGCUGCAAGGAUUGAAUGGGAAAACAUGUAAACAAUAAAGCACUAUCUA